ACAACUGAACUAAGCUCAGUGACUUCUGACAUUUUGUUCUUUAACUACUGAAUGUAUACGACGACUGUUUAAGUUCAUAACAGAGGGAAAUUUGGUACUGAACAGGUGUACGGAAGAGGAUUAUGGCCACCGAAAAAAGAAAAUGUAGGUUGCAUUUUUUUAAAAUUAUUGUUCUGAGAAAAAAGUGAGAAUUCUGAGAUUAAAAUAAGAACUGAGAAAAAAGUCAGAAUUCUGAGAAAAGGGUCAGAAUUCCGAGAUUAACUGAGACUUUUCACUCAGAUUAAUAAUACUACUACUACUAAUAAUAAUAAUAGAAAAAUUGACCUUCAUUUUUGUUUUUUAUUUUCAGUGGCCCUAAUCCUCUUCCGUAACCAAGUUUGGUCAGAAAAAAGGAAGCAGUUUUCUCAGUGAAAUAUGAGUGACGACGGAUGGUUGUUUCGUCUGACCCCCUCCUCAUAAGUGAGUUUCAGUUUUUUUCCCAACGUUUUGAAUUAGGUUUCUUUCAGUCUAAAUGCAGUUCUCGCUCCAACCCGCCCUGCGCAGAGAGAGAGGGAGAGAUAGAGAGAGAGAGGGAGAGAGAGGGAGUUGGGAGAGAGAGGGUAGAGGGAGAGAGAAGAGAGAGAGCGCUCCUCCCUCCUCCUCCGUCUCUUCCCUUCACUCAUCCCGAAAAGCCAACGUAAGAUGGUGUGCAAGCGCGGAGUCCUCUCAUCAACUCUCCCCUCACACAUGAUGGAAACUGAAUUAAAAUAGCUGAGGUUCGUCCUUCUCCGGUACUUUUCCGCCCUCCCUUCGGCGCCAGCGUUUGCCUAAUGUGGCUGUCCUCUUCGCCAAAUAACUUCUUCUUUCCUGGUUCCCACAACCCACUGACGCGCUCUGAGAAAUAACCAAAACCUACGACUUGAAACUAAACUGCUCCGGGGGAAGGUCGGGCGUCUUUGGAUGGAGGAUUUUGCAUCGAUGGUGAAUAAGCUGAAGUCAAGCUGGUUGUGAAGGUGCUGGACUUGUUCCCCCCUACGCCCGAAGCCGGACACAGCAUGGCGGCGGGAGUAGCGGCAUGGCUUCCCUUUGCCCGGGCAGCAGCCAUUGGCUGGAUGCCUGUAGCCAAUUUGCCCAUGCCAAUCGCACCCACUGAGAAAAACAAGCGGCAGGAUGAGCUAAUUAUUCUUAACGUAAGCGGACGACGCUUCCAGACCUGGAAGAACACCCUGGACCGAUAUCCAGACACCCUGCUUGGGAGCUCAGAGAAGGAGUUCUUCUUCAACGAGGAGACCAAAGAGUACUUCUUUGACCGGGACCCUGACGUGUUCCGUAGUGUUCUCAACUUCUAUCGCACAGGGAAGCUCCACUACCCACGCUACGAGUGCAUCUCCUCCUAUGAUGAGGAACUGGCUUUCUUUGGUAUCGUCCCAGAGAUCAUCGGGGACUGCUGCUAUGAAGAGUACAAGGAUCGUAGGCGGGAGAAUGCAGAGCGACUCAUGGAUGACCAGGAGGACAAUAAGGACGCUAAACUGCCCAAUAUGACCUUUAGGGAGACCAUGUGGCGGGCUUUUGAGAACCCUCACACUUCCACCAUGGCCCUUGUCUUCUACUACGUCACCGGCUUCUUCAUUGCGGUCUCAGUCAUCACUAACGUGGUGGAGACGGUGCCCUGCGGCUCAUCGCCCAAUAUGAAGGAAGUGCCAUGUGGUGAGCGCUACACCGUGGCCUUUUUCUGCAUGGACACAGCUUGUGUCAUGAUCUUCACCGUGGAGUACCUGAUGCGCUUGUUUGCUGCGCCUAGCCGCUACCGCUUCAUGAGGUCGGUUAUGAGCAUCAUCGACGUGGUGGCCAUCUUGCCCUACUACAUUGGCCUUGUGAUGACUGACAACGAGGAUGUGAGCGGCGCUUUUGUGACGCUGCGGGUUUUCCGCGUGUUCCGUAUCUUUAAGUUCUCCCGGCACUCGCAGGGCCUGCGCAUCCUGGGCUACACGCUGAAGAGCUGUGCCUCGGAGCUGGGCUUCCUGCUCUUCUCCCUCACUAUGGCCAUAAUUAUCUUUGCCACCGUCAUGUUCUACGCAGAGAAGGGUUCAAGCUCCAGCAAAUUCACCAGCAUCCCAGCCUCCUUCUGGUACACCAUCGUUACUAUGACAACACUCGGAUAUGGAGACAUGGUUCCAAAGACGAUCGCAGGGAAGAUCUUUGGCUCAAUAUGCUCACUGAGUGGGGUGCUGGUAAUCGCUCUGCCUGUCCCUGUCAUCGUGUCCAACUUUAGCCGCAUCUAUCACCAGAACCAGAGAGCAGACAAGCGGCGAGCGCAGAAGAUGCAGAAAGCUCGCUUGGCCAGGAUACGAAUAUCAAAGGCUGGAAGCUCCAAUGCCUUCCUGCACAGCAAGAGAAAUGGGCUGUUCAACGAAGCACUGGAGUUUACGCAACUUCCAUACAAGAUGAACCUCUCAGAUCAGAGUUCCACUGAGGAUGAGCAGCGGUUAAACAAGUCUACUACUCUGUUGGAGAGCCAGCACCAUCACCUGCUGCACUGUCUGGAGAAAACCACUAACCACGAGUUUGUGGACGAGCAGUAUUACCAGCAGAGCUACCUGGACGCAGGGUUGCAGAAUUACCCGUCUCGAAGCCCCUCCCUCUCCAGUCAGGAUGGCGUGACAGGCACCUGCUGCACCCGCCGGAGCAAGAAGCACCACUCCCCGUUACCGAACGCCAGUGCUCCUGCACACCUGCAGCCUUUGAAACACACGCACACACACCCACAAGGUUUGCAAGAGCUCAGCACCAUCCACAUCCAGCCUCUCAGCACCAGCCGCUCCAGUCUGAACAUGCGCGUAGAUGAGCAAGCCCCCCUGAACUGCCAGAGCAGCCAGAUCACCACAGCAAUCAUCAGCAUCCCCACACCGCCAGUAACCACUCCUGAGGGCGACGCUCACCUGCCCGCGGGCCCCACCCACCAGAACGUUGUGAAAGUGUCAGCACUGUGAAGCCUAGGGUGCAGAUAAAAGACAGAUAAAGACUCAUGGAGACAGACUGAGGGACGAAAGGAGGACGGGGUAUGGCGGAGAGGAGAGCAUUUAGAGUCCUAGUCUGGCCGUGGUGGAGCCUGCCCUCUGCUGGUCAUGUACUGUAACGACAUGAACUCCAUUUACAGACGGAGGAUGGCUUUUAGAUACAGUAUAUUCAUGUUAGUGGGUGUUAGGCAUACGUGUGUGCGCAGAUGUGAGUGCGAGUGUGGGUGAAAGGGGACAUGCGUAGAGAGUCGUUCAAGAUGAGGAGGCGUGAGAGACUCCUCCCUGAGUAAGUCAUGUGUCACUGUGCAAAAAAAGCACCUUUUAUGGUUUUUGCUUCAGUUUCUUUUCAGCAGAAAACAUGAGGGAGACAACUUAUGUGUUUCAUCUUUUUUUAUUCCACACAUAAUUUAAUCCUGUUCGUUUGUUUUGUCAUUUCGGUCCACUCACCUGUUGAUAGAUGAAUAAUCCACCGUUCUUUUCCAGGUCCGGUAAUACUUCAUUUGAGUGAAGAACUCUUUAAAAGAUGAAAUAUGAUUGACAUGUCUGUGACGACACGUUUCAACUUUGUGAAUGAGUUUAUGUGAAAUUUUGCUAGGUAGAGGAGUUGUAACGUAUUCGAUAGGAGGUAUGUGCCUGUGUGUGUAUGUGAGAGUGUAAGGAAGAGUGUGUGUGCGUCUCAGUUAAUUGAAAUCCUGUGUUUCAAUUCUUCUGGAAGUCUCUAUGGCUCAGUAUACGGUGUAUUUGACUAGCUGCCACUCUAAAGGGCUCACUGAACACUUUUCUGUCUGAAAUUCUCAGCUCCAAAGCCUUUACACAACAUGUGCCUGUUUCCACGGAGUAAAAGGAGAUUUAUUUGUUUUUAUGGUUUUCUGAACCCCCACCCCUUCCUCCCUUUUUUGUCCCUUUUGGCUGCUGCAGCCUGACAGACCUCAAAUAACUCAAUUCUUUAACAAAGAAACAAAAAAACAAAAAAAACACACAUUUUGGAUUCAAACCACCACAGUUAAAAGCACAAGGCAUUUGCUGAGAAUUUCUGACACAAACCUGUCCUGAGCCCAGGUUCUUUGUGAAUAUUGUUAAUAGAAUAUUUUGUAAUAUUUGACCAUCGUUUGGCAGAACCAGUGAAGCUGUCUUCUUGUUCUCUUUCCCUCAGUCUGUCUUUCUUUCUCUCUCUCUUUCUCUAGUUGUUGUCCUGUUGUAUCCCUACCUCCUGUGUGAACAACAGUAUGCUUUCAGUAGUCUUUAUAGCCGUCAACGUUUUUUCUUCUCCCUUCUCUCAGCAGGCAUUUUUUCAAAUUGUUGGGUAUGUGUACUCUAUGUGGUUAGGAAACUUGAUGUUUGUACUUUUUGUCCUCCUUGGUGUUUCAAAUGAUUUUGUUUCCUUUAUCUUCUUGAUGCGGGGAAAGUCUGUUGUAGGUGUGACACCAGAGACAUGGAGGACCCUGGCUGAGCAAUCCACAGAUCUCUGUCACUAAAAACACGUGUUAUUCGGUCUGUUCUCUCGACACACAGUCCUAACAUGUAACUUUAGUACUGCUUUUCAUCCAAUCCUUUCACAGUUGACCUUUCUAACUAUGGAUGCCGACCUUUUUAGCUCUGCUGACCUACCAGCUGAUGCCUCUCUGUUGGCCUUCUUCAUCCUGAAUGUCAUCCAGUAGUUACACAGACACAUAGAUCUGUCGGUGGAUGACAUCCGCUGCUGGGGUCAGUCACAAAACACUAAGCACCUAUUUCUGCUCUGCAUAGAUGAAGUCAAAUGUUGAACAAGAGCACACAGACAGGGCUACAGAUGCACCCAGUCUUACAGCAUACUGUCCAUAUCAGCCAGGAGCAUAUUUUCAAAGCAAUACUGGAACUGGUCUAAUAAUAUGUCUGCGCAUAUGUAGCUGAUGUACAAUUAGAUUGUAUUCAAAGCAAACUAGCAGCAAAAUGUAUCAUGUUUUUCUAGUAAAAGAAAGUUCAGUGACCUUGAGAUGAAGAAAUGGAAAUGCUUAACCAGUUUUACACUACAAACUUACAAAAAAAACAAAGAAAAAAAACACAUCACCACCGUAUCAGCCAAAAUGAGUGGAAAUAUAUACAGCAUAAUUUGUACCGUAUCAGUGCAUCACCACACAAGAUCUUUAGACCCUUAGACCCCUUUGUUGUGCUUCGGUUCCCUCUGGUUCUCACAUUACUCCCGACUUAAAAAACGCCAAAAAUGAUUCUUCAGACCAGAUCUGUUUAACCUCAAAUAUUCUUAGCAGUGACCUAGUGCUAUUGCUGGUAAUUUAGUACUGUACAAAGUGACUACAGACGCCUAGAUCCAGUUUUAGUGUUUAGUCAAGCUGCUGCAAAUUAACCGAAGAGUGGAGAAAAAAAAAAGACAAGCACAGGCGGGUUUUUCAGUGUUUUUUAAAAGUAUGAUUGAAGACAUUGACUUCAUAUUCACAGCAUCACGUCAGAUAUUUAAAAUCGAUUAUAAACUACAACAAGGGUAUAAUGUAGGUAAAGGAGGAGGCGAGGUUCCUGUAUUAUUAUUUGUUGCUCGGUUGGAAGUUAAACAUGUUUUCUUCUGCUACUCUUUUUCAGGAUUGUUUAUUUAUGUCAGUUGUACUUUAAAACGACAGUCUGAUUUAUCUAACUAAUUUCUGCUCAAAAUGUCAGGAUCACAUUUGAUUUACAAACAACAAAAGCAGAGGUCUGUGACUGUGUUCGUCUCUCUCUCUCUCUCUCUCUGUUAUGUACUCUUCUUCUUUGAUUGUCUUCUUUCUGGGCUCAGUCAGUUUCCCUCUCACUCUUUGCUUUGCCCUCCUAUGCCACCUGUCGUUGUUGAGACUACUGCUGUGCGUAUCUUGUCAGGUGUUUGAUAUUAUUUAUGACCUUGUCUUGUGUCCCGACUGUGAAACGCCUGAUAAAACAUCUAUAUCUGCCACAAAUACACAGGCUGUGGGCUCUCUUCUUCA